CAAAAGAGGAAGGAUGAAAUAUUCAAGAUGUCAAUUUGAUGAAUGAUUUUGUUGUGUAAUGUUUAGUGGCGUUGUGUGGCGGCUGUUGACUUUGGUUGAAGAAGCACUUCGUCUGAAAACACUGCCAAAAGAAAUUCCUCGAAUGGAAGGUAAACUAUUGCGGGCCGGCAUGAGCACUAAACACCAAAAAUCAAAGUCAUUGGAAUAACUGUUACCAAUAUAACUUAAGAAUUUGUCAAAAGUGCGUCAUUUUCACGUACAAAUAGCUAUUUUCCUUUUCUUUGAUUGACCAGACUGUUGGAAUCAAUUUUUUUUUCCUACAUUUAUAAUUGGAGAAGAUAAGGCAUUUCCUUUAUCGGAGAAAUUACAUCAUAAUUUUGAUGGGAAAUUGCCUUGGAUCUCAGCCUGCGGAUCCUAAUUCUAGCUCCAGUAAACCCAACAGUUCUGCCAGACCUUCCAUUCCAGGGACGUUAGGUAAUGACAGCAACGGUGGUGGUCUUUCUGUGACGAGCAGCAGUGCUGGCCUUAGCCGAUUCUCUGCUGCAGCAAGUGCAUCAAGUGAGGAUACUUGUUUGACUGGAGACAUAUUGCCUACACCCAAUUUGAAGAUUUAUAGUUUCUCUGAUCUGAAGAAUGCCACAAGAAAUUUCAAGUCUGAUAUGGUUUUGGGAAUGGGAGGUUUUGGGACUGUAUUUAAGGGCUGGGUUGAUGAAAAGACGCUCGCACCAGCUAAAUAUGGCACUGGGAUGAUGGUUGCUAUAAAAAAAUUGAAUUCAGAAAGCAUACAAGGGUUUGAAGAAUGGCAGGCAGAAGUGAACUUUCUAGGGAGACUUUCACAUCCUAAUUUGGUUAAGCUCUUGGGAUAUUGCUGGGACGAAAAAGAGCUGUUACUUGUAUAUGAGUUUAUGCAAAAGGGAAGCCUGGAAAGCCAUCUUUUUAGAAAAAGUUCUGCUAUCCAACCAUUAUCAUGGGAUAUACGGCUCAAAAUAGCUAUUGGAGCAGCACGAGGUCUAGCAUUUUUGCACAGUUCUGAUAAACUUAUCAUUUAUAGGGAUUUUAAGGCUUCAAAUAUACUGCUUGAUGGAGUAAGAUCCUAUCAAAUCCUAGUUGUUUAG